ACGCAGCCUACUUCUCCAUGUUGGAUCCAUUGAACUCGUACUUGAUACUUCCCUGCUAAAAGGUAUUGGUUAUGGUGGGUGUUGAUGCACCGAUGAUUGCCUUUGCCACCUUCCUCUGAAAUCACACUUUCACACACUCCCAAGAUGUAAUUCCUGGUUCUCUCUCUCUGAGAAUCAAAAAUGUUAUCCAAUUCUCAGAAGAAGAAGAAGAAGAAAAGCUUGCAGUCUCUCUUGGCCACCAACCUCGGUAGCAAGCUCACCAUCUCAAUCCCACCGUCCACCCAAGACCCCGAGCUCGACUUCGACUUCUCUGAAGUUUUCGGCCCCUCAACCCCACACAAUCACCACCCCCACCAAAACCCCAUCCCCUCAUCAUCACCGCCGUCCACGUCAUCCCCCACCCUCCCCCCAGGGGACCCACCCGUCAUUCGCCACCGGUCCCACUCCUUCGUGGGCCCCUCCCCCCGCUUCACUCUCUCCCGCUCCCUCCCCAUCCACACACCCGAGUACGAAUCCGAGUCCGAGUCCGACGCCGAAGCUAGAAACGGACCGAGCGAGGAUGUGGAAAAGUUUGGGCCUGGGGAUUUUGAGAUUCUGAGGAUUGUGGGGCAGGGGGCGUUUGGGAAAGUGUUCCAGGUGGUGAGGAAGAGAGCGAGUGCUCCUAAUAAUGGUGAGCGUAAAGAAGAAGGAGAUGAUGAUGGGAUAUAUGCGAUGAAGGUAAUGAGGAAGGACACCAUCAUAAAGAAGAACCAUGUGGAUUACAUGAAGGCCGAGAGGGACAUUCUCACUAAAGUCGUACACCCCUUUAUAGUUCAGCUCCGCUACUCCUUCCAGACAAAGUCUAAGCUUUACUUGAUUCUGGAUUUUAUAAAUGGAGGGCAUCUCUUCUUUCAUCUGUACCGGCAGGGAAUCUUCAGUGAGGAUCAGGCAAGGGUUUAUACUGCUGAGAUAGUAUCUGCUGUUUCACAUCUUCACAAGUGCGGAAUCGUGCACCGGGAUCUUAAACCUGAAAAUAUUCUCAUGGACGCUGAUGGGCAUGUUAUGCUAACUGAUUUUGGACUGGCAAAGGAAAUUGAUGAAUCAACCAGAUCAAAUUCUAUGUGUGGGACCACAGAGUACAUGGCUCCAGAAAUUUUGCUGUCUAAAGGCCACAAUAAAGAUGCAGAUUGGUGGAGUGCUGGUAUACUCUUGUAUGAGAUGCUAACAGGGCAGCCACCAUUUACACAUGCAAACAGAAAGAAACUUCAGGAGAGAAUCAUUAAAGAGAAGGUGAAACUUCCACCCUUCCUUACCAGUGAAGCUCACUCUCUACUCAAAGGAUUGCUGCAGAAGGAACCAUCGAGAAGAUUAGGCAGUGGGCCUAGUGGAGGGGAUGAUAUCAAAAGUCAUAAAUGGUUUCAAUCAAUCAACUGGAAGAAAUUGGAGGCCAGAGAACUGCAGCCUAAGUUCAAGCCAGAUGUAAGUGGAAAAGACUGUACAGCCAAUUUUGACCGGUGCUGGACAGCAAUGCCUCCAAAUGACUCGCCGGCUGCCACACCAACUGCAGGUGAACAUUUCCAAGGUUAUACUUAUGUGGCUCCUAACCCUUGGCUUUCCUCCGGAUAAACUUAAGGCUUCUGGCCAAGAACAAAAUUUGGAUGAUAUGAAGGAUGGUUUGAGGCAAAGCUGCCAUUCAAUUGUGAUCUGUAAGUUUUGCUUUCAAACAAAGAAAUAUGUUCAUUUUCAUAUCUCAUGUACAUUAUUUCUAACUUAAUCUUGAAUAAAUAGUAUCAUGGAUUUUCACUUA